CAGUUUACUCAGAUCGGUUGGACAGUGCGGUUCGUUUUGAUUUUGGCUUCGAGGCGAGAGCUAAGCAAAAAGUAAAAAAUAUAAAAAACGCCGGAACUGCGGCCUAAACCAGUUUUGCCCAAGUGAUCACAACAACAAUAUCUGCGAAAACGCAUGCAAGUGACGAAACGACCUUAAGCAAAAGCAAGAAAAGAUUAAAAAUAAAUUACUGGCCUCUCAAUUAAAAAUAUUUUACAUAUAUUUAUUUGGAAAUCGAAGAUCUUCCAGUGACGCAGUGAACCGAGGACAAAGCCCAUCAUGAAAAAUGCUGCGUUGUGAAUAAGCUGCAGAUAAGAGAUUCAUUAAAAAAUAAACAAAUUUCAACGUGGCUCCGAAAGUGGGAGUGGAAUAGAACGAGUCCGUGGCAACAAAGGAAAUAUUUUUCAAAAUGACAUUGGUCAGCAAUGUUCUUUGUCUGCGAUUGCAGCGCCAAUUAUUGGUGGUCGUUGUAACGCUUUUUCUGCUUUUCCCCGCCGCCCUGGCCGAGGGCGAAGAUGAGGAUGGUCCAUACCGUGGGAAAUACCUGGGGAAGCUCAACUCCUACCAUCAUCAGGUCUCUGGCGAUGUGUAUGCCGUAAAUGAGUACACAUUCCUGAUUGUGGGCUUUAACUACGACGGCAACGGGGCGGAUACGUUCUUUUGGUCGGGCGCCAGCAAUCGUCCGGGACCUCAGGGUUUUAUUGUGCCCGAUGAGUAUGGCAAAACCAAUAUCCUGGAUCGCUACCACAACAAAGACUUCACACUGACGCUCCCGGAUCGGAAGAAGAUAACGGAAAUCAAGUGGUUGGCGGUUUACGAUCUGAGCAGUCAGAACAAUUUCGGGGACGUUUACAUUCCCGAAGAGUUUGAACCACCAAUGGCCCAGUUGGGCGGUACUUUCUCAAAGCGUAGUCACAAUGUAAGCAGCACUAGCAUGGAAAUCCUGGACUCGAAAACCAUUCGUAUAAAGGACUUUACCUACGAUGGCCUGGGAAAGCGCACCUUUUUCUGGAUGGGAGUGGGAGCUCAACCUUCGAGUAAAGGAAGCAAAUUGCCUGACGAGAGAGGAUAUCUCGAUCCGAUUAGAAAGUAUAACAAGGAGACCAUUGAGCUGGAACUGCCGGGAGACAAGACCAUCUUCGACAUCGAUUGGAUAAGUGUUUACGAUGUGGCUGAUAACGAGAACUAUGGUCAUGUUUUAAUUAACGAUGGAUUGAAUGUUCCACCCUCUCUAGUGAAAGUAACGCCCUUUGAGUUCUCGCUUCCCAAUUGCCGGCAGCUGCACAAGGAUAUGCAGGUGUCCUGGGAGGUUUUCGGACCACAGAUCACCUUCCAACUUUCCGGUCAAGUGGCUGCCAACGAUUACAUGUCCUUUGGAAUUUCCGGAUCGGAUGUGUCAAGUCAGAUGAUUGGCUCCGAUGUGGUGGUGGCCUAUAUAGAUGAGAUUAGGGGCUACACCGUGGAUUACAAUAUCACUUCGUUGGCGCCCUGUGUUCAGGUUUUGGGCCAAAACAAAGGAGUUUGUCGGGAUGAUGUGGUUGGAGGAUUGGAUAGCUUUCAGUUGAAUACUUAUAGCCGGAAAGAUGGCAUUAAUACAAUUAGUUUCAGAAGAACUCUGAAGUCAUCUGACGAUGGCGAUAAGGAAAUCUUUCUGGAUCGCAGCAACUAUGUUGUUUGGGCCUUUGGCCAGCUGGAUUCGAACAACGAACCCGCCUUCCAUACUUACUAUCCCAAAAGUGAUAUAAUAAUAGAUUUCAAUACCACGGAUCCGGUCAACGAUUGCUUUGCCUUUACCAAGAAAAUGGAGAUGCCGACGACUCAAUUGUGGGAGCGAACCAGGAUUGCAGAUCCAACUGUUCGCACAUUCACUGCCUAUUUGGGACCCUCGGGAGGACUUCGUGGCUAUCAGGGAUUGACCGGACAUGUCUCAAGCGGUUUGUCCUGGUACAUCAAUGGCUAUAUGAUCCCAGAACUUUACCUUAAACGUGGACUGACCUACACUUUCAAAGUGCGAGGUGGUAACAAUCCCCAUUCGCCGGAACACUACCAUCCUUUGGUGAUCACCGAUGAUCCUCAGGGAGGCUACGAUCGUCUAUCGGAUGCCAAACAGAGUGAGAUUCGUGUGUUGGCUGGAGUGGAGUUCACCAGGAGGGGCAGGCCAAAGCCCACGGCUGCAGGUCCUCUUUGUCUAUCCAGAUAUCCUCCGAACUACGAUCGCCGGCUGGAUGAUAACUUCCCCUCUUUCAAAAAAUUCAAUCGAUCGCUGAUUACUGAAUGCGUGGACGAGGCACCGGCAUUGUUGGAAAUCACACCGAACAUCACUUGGCCGGAUACCGUUUACUAUAACUCCUUCACCCACGGAAAUAUGGGCUGGAAAAUUCACAUAGUGGACAGCUACACCAACUUGAAAAGUGGAGCGAAGGCUUUAACCUGGUCCUUAUUCUCCUAUUUAGUGUCUUAGUCUAAGUUAAGCAGUCACAAUCUUGUAUGUAUUUAAUACGCGUCUCUAGAAUGUAUGCUCAUGUUGUGUAUAUAAUUAUUUAAAUCGUCUUUAAAUACAGAACUGUGUUGUACUUUAGAAUGAAA